GAAGCAAGAGAAGAAGGGAAACAAAUAUAAAGAGUUAAUCUGCCCUCCCCCCUCCCUUGUCUUGAAAGGGCAAGAAAAGUUCAGCGUCACACAUGGUGAACCUGGAGCAGUGGUGGUUGUUUCAGAAGGACAGGCUUAUUUUUUAAACCACCGUAUUUGUAACAUGAGGAGAAAGGGCAUCUGUGACUGAAGUAUUCCCACAGAACCUGUCACUCUUCAUGCUGGUAUUUUUCAAUGCCAGAGUUUAAGCAAGUCUUUUUUGGUUUCUAGCCAGGUGAUAGUAGCUGAAGAUGUGGUUUUAUAUGUUUUGAUCCAUAAAUAUCCUAACAACCUAAUCUUCCUUUGGAUUCUGUUUCCUCUCUGGAGUACAAGAAGCAACUUUCAAGAAGCUUAGUGGAAAUCAAGCUCUCUAAGCCAAAUGCAUUAGGGAAAAUAACCUUGUUGCCUGUUGGUUGAAGAAGAAUAGAGCAUCCAACUGAAGACUUGGUACUGUACAGCCAUAACCGAAAAGUGCCUUCAAUCCUGGACUGUGCUGCUGAGAGGUGAGAGCCACCUCCAUUUCUGGAUAUCCUCUUCACCUCCUGCUUCUUGAGUAUGGGUUAAUGGCAUUCAGCCAUGGUUGUCACCCAGCUGAAAUUGGAACUGUGCUUCCAUGGAAAGAAACUAAGGGGUUUCACCUGUAAAUUUGCUAGAUCAGCCAGUGGAUUCCUUCCAGAAUCGUCAUUCUCCAUUGCAUCACAGAUCUUUGGGCCAUUCUUCUUGGCAGGUUUAAGCUUGGUGGCUGCUGGCUUGUUGAUGGAUAUUAUUCAACACUGGAUGGUGUUUAAGACAAUCACAGAAAUAUUUAUCCUCAUUCCAGCCCUGGUUGGCUUGAAGGGCAACCUGGAAAUGACCUUGGCAUCAAGACUUUCUACCGCUGCUAAUACUGGGAGAAUGGAUGAUACACAACAACAAUGGAAAAUGGCUACCUGUAAUUUAGCCUUGAUUCAGGUACAGGCUACUGUGGUGGGCCUCUUGGCAGCUGUGGUAGCUGUCUUUCUGGGUGCUCUGUCCAAGGGGUACGUGGAACUGAACCAAGCAGCGGUGCUAUGUGCCAGCAGUUUGACGACUGCAUUUAUAGCUGCUCUCACACUAGGUCUGGUUAUGAUUGGUGUGAUCCUUGGUGCAAGAAAAGUGGGGAUAAACCCAGACAACGUUGCAACCCCUAUAGCUGCAAGCCUUGGAGAUCUUAUCACUCUUUCUCUACUCGCUGGAAUCAGUAGCACCCUCUUCAAACACAUAGAUGUGAGAUACCUUUCGCCCAUGAUCUGUGCCAUCUUCAUUGUGAUGAUUCCUCUGUGGAUUGCGAUCGCCAGACAGAGUCCUCCCAUUGCUGAAGUCUUGAAAUCUGGUUGGCAGCCAGUAAUUGUUGCAAUGGCCACUAGCAGCCUAGGAGGACUCAUCUUGGACAAAACCAUAACAAACCCAAACUUUGAAGGCAUGGCUGUUUUCACUCCUGUGAUCAAUGGUGUUGGUGGCAAUUUGGUAGCUAUCCAAGCCAGUCGCAUUUCCACAUUUCUGCACUUCUGGAGCAUGCCUGGAGUCCUGCCGCACAAGAUGAGGCAGCACUGGCCUAAUCCGUGUAACACUUUCUUCUCCUCAGGGGUAAAUUCAAAGUCAGCUCGUGUUCUUAUCCUGCUAGUGAUCCCAGGACAUUUGGUGUUCCUUUAUACCAUUCACCUGCUUCAAGCAGGCCACACCGCACUCACCUUCACCUUUGUGGCAUUUUAUCUGAUGGCUGCUGUCCUGCAGGUGGGAAUUCUGCUCUACAUGGCUGACAUCCUUGUGCGGCUCAUGUGGAGAAAGGGUCUUGAUCCUGACAAUUUCUCCAUCCCCUACCUCACUGCUCUGGGAGACCUCCUAGGCACUGGGUUCCUGGCACUUUGCUUCCGCUUCGUUUGGCUGCUCAUUGGAUUGUAGCUGAACAUGGGAAACUAAUGGAGACUUCUGCUACAAUGUUGACCUGCAGACUGAUCUGAUGAGCAAAAACUCUCACGAUGGUGCUUUUGACAUGGUCCAACAGGGUACUGAAAAAGGAGAUCCAGGUCCUUAAACUGGAAUGAAUUGUAUACCCCUCCCUUUUGAUCUCAGUUCUGCCUAGCUGUGGAGUUUGAAACAAUAUCUGUCACUUAAGGAGCAUUAACAUGGAUUGCAGCUGUUGAGAUACUAACAGUGAAACACUCUGCUCUGAUUUGCCUUUCAGUUGGUUGAGAAGUGUUUUCCAAUGGCCUGCUUUGAAAAGUCCGUUGAUACCAAUGGGAGGCUGUUCACUGAUCUCAGUGGGGUGUAGAUUAUGUCCUAGAUAAGGAUGUUGCACUGUCUUUGCCAGGCAUUAACUAGCAAUCCAAGAAGGCAUUUUAUUGUCUGCCUAUCUCUGAUAUGAAAGAAGGGAGACAGUGAGAGAGAAGUAUGCCCAAGGUUGUUAACACUCUGCACCAAAAACUCUAUGAGCUACAGCAGGGAAACUUAAACUGAGCAGUGCAAUAGCUCAACAUUUGUUUUACAAUACCUCAUGCAUAGUUGUAUAACUAUGGUAUCUGGCAUUUAUGCACUAUGCAUUAGAUUUCUCAGUGUGUUCUUAUGCUGAAUUUGAGAAGAGCUUGUUUGUGGCUGGUUUUCCUGGCAGAAUUUUGAAAUGGUUGAGAUUGCAAUGACAACAGCAGUUAUAAGCUGGAAAAGGAAGAAAUCAAGAAAAGAACACAGAACAGCCAAAGCUGAUGCUUUUGGCUGUUCCUCGGCUUCAAUUAUUUGUACAGCUCUAUCAAAUCUUGGAGAAGCAGAGCAUCUUCUCAUGAAGAAGGAAGAAAGCUUUACUUUAUCCUAUCCUUUGACAUUUCCAUCUUGUUCAAAAUAAGAAGCUUGCUAUCAUACCUCCAUGUGCCAGAGAAGUGUGGUCUCUCUUUCUCAGCACCAGACACUUGUGAGGAGGUGAAAUGCAAAUAUUCUGUUUUGAGAAGACAGAUGCAAAUGAAGAUGAAGGUGCCACCUAGUAAGAAGAGGAGCUUCGUGUCAUCCUGUUCCCUCCCAUGCCAACCUUCUUUUCUAAAGCCACUUGCAAAAAAUGCUCAUGAUUGUGCAUGAAAUCUUAAGAAUAAUUAUGAGCCCUGAUUUAUAGGCUUCAUAAAUCUUUCUUUUAAAAAGAGACAGUCAUUAUCAUACAUCAUAUUCUAAAAGACUCACCAAAGGACAGGCAUAGUGCCUCACUAUACUAGAUGGAGUUCAGUGUUCUCAGAAAAAGGUACACCCUGUCCCCAGAUCUUCAACACUUCUGUGCCAGGAUAAAACAAACCAACUGUGCAAACAGCGGUCUUAAUUUGUCCACUCUUCCAAAGGUAAGAAUAUCUGUUGAAUUUCUUCCUCACGUAGAGAGGAAAGCUGAAUGAGCUUUUUCUUCAAGGAGACCCUUGCAGGUGAAAACAAGAAAGACAGAAGGAUUGCAGUUCACUAUGCCCCAGCAUCAGUGUCUAGUUUGAUUAAAUUUUCAUUCACUCUCAUGUUUUUUUGUUUCAGAUCUUGCAACUUUUUAUGGUUUAUAGAAAUAUACACACAAUAAAAUGUGAAAAUAGUA